CUUCAGUCAACAGAGAAGCUUGGGGGCCGACCCCCAAACCUUCAAGCCAUGGAUCAAUUCCGGGACUUCGUCAACUCGGCAGGUUUGCUAGACGUGGGAUUUAAGGGAGCUCCUUUUACUUGGUCUAACCGCCAAGGAAUAGCAACUCAUAUCUUAGAACGAUUAGAUAGGGGUUUGGUUUCCUCUAAUCUAUUGACUACCUGGCCGAAUUUGCAGGUUACUCAUCUUUCUGAUUUAGGAUCCGAUCACCGGAUCCUCUUGCUCCAAUUAAUCCCAGCAGCAGGGAAAGGAAAGCCGCGCUUCCACUUUGAUCUUCGCUGGGCGGCUAACACUGAAGCUCGAGAGAUUAUAGCUCAGGUUUGGCAGCUGAAUGUUUCAGGUACAUUGCAAUUCCAACUGUUUUCCCUCUGUAAAGAGGCUCGCCAUCAACUUGUACAAUGGGCGCGGCUUGGUACAACCAAUUCAGCUCGCCAUAUCAGAGAGCUGCGGGAAGCAAUACAAGCUGAACGAGAUACUCUCCAGACUGAUUGGGACAUAAUCACAGGGCUGGAAACCCAACUUUCAGCAGCCUAUCUUCAAGAAGAGGCCUACUGGAGACAAAAAUCUCGUACUACUUGGCUGCAAAAGGGAGACUCCAACACUAAUUACUUCCAUAUUACUACCACUCAACGCCGCCGGCAUAAUCUGAUCGAGGUCCUGCGUGAUGACCAUGGGCAGCCACAUUAUGAAGAGCCUGCCAAGGGAAAUGUCUCUGUAAGUUUUUUCCAGCAACUCUUUCUUUCUGAUGGGACAUCACCAGGCUUCCUUGUGCAGGCGCUGGGUCUACCACAUAAGGUCACGAGCAGUCAGAACAUGUUUCUCUCGGCGAAUGUGACUAGAGAAGAGAUAAGAGCGGCAGCCUUCAGCAUAGGAAAGGGGCAAGCGCCGGGCUCCGAUGGCCUAACGGGGGGCUUCUUUCAGUCUUAUUGGGACAUCGUGGGGGAGUCAGUGUGCCGGGCAGCCCUCUCAUUCUUCAGAACAGGCCGACUCCUGCAGAACUUCAAUCACACUAUCAUCACCUUGAUUCCCAAGGUAGUAAAUGCAGAUCUUAUGCGCCAGAUGCGCCCCAUCAGCCUUUGUCAGGUCUUUUACAAGAUCAUCUCCAAAGUUCUUACUUCUCGGCUUGCGGUGAUUCUUCCCUCUGUGAUUUCGGAUACUCAGAAUGGGUUCAUCAAAGGUCGAGAUAUAUCUGACAACAUUCUGAUAGCCCAGGAGGUGAUGCAAUAUUUGAAAACGAAAUCGCAGGGUCGGGAUAGGUGGAUGGCCUUAAAGCUGGACAUGGAAAAAGCAUACGACAGGGUCGAGUGGGGAUUUCUCUUCGCCGUAAUGGAGGCUCUUGGGUUCAAUGAUCAUUGGAUGAAGUGGAUCAAAGCCUGUGUCACCACAGUCUCUUUCACUGUUCUCCUAAACGGUAAUGAACAUGGUUACUUUCGUCCCCAACGUGGUCUACGACAAGGAGACCCGCUCUCGCCUCUGCUGUUUGCUAUCUACACUGAGGCUUUCUCGGCUAUGCUUACUAAUGCGAUGGAAUCUCAGCAUCUUCAUGGCCUCAAGAUCCACAGGUUGGCUCCGACUCUCUCUCACCUCUUCUUCGCCGAUGACACUUACUUGUUCUUGCGUGCAACGUCCUCGGAGUGCCAUAACCUGCUCCAAUUGCUACAUUUGUAUGAAGAAGUUAGUGGACAGCGAGUCAAUCUUCAGAAAUCAUCGGUUUGUUUCAGCUCAAACAUGUCUGAUCAGGAAUCGGUGGCCAUGGCAGCCCUGCUUGGGGUCACAUCCAUCGGUUCUAUGGAGAAAUAUUUGGGAUUGCCUGCCCAAGUUCAGCGUUCAAAGGUUCAAACGUUCAGGUUUGUGGAGGAUAACUUGGCUGUCCGUAUCCAAAGCUGGCGUUCGAAGUCCCUUUCACUAGCGGCUAAAGAGGUUGUAAUCAAAGCAGUAGGCUCGGCAACUCCAGUGUAUGCUAUGUUCUCUUUCCGGCUGCCGUCCACGUCCUGUCGCCGUCUGAAUGGCCAGCUGAGUCGAUACUGGUGGGCAGGUCAGGAUAAAGACAGGGGAAUGCACUGGAUUUCAUGGCCUGCGGUCUGUGUCAGCAAAUUUCAUGGCGGAUUGGGGUUCAGAGAUUUUGAUCUCUUUAAUGUUGCCAUGCUGGGCAAGCAAGCCUGGAAGAUCCUGCAGGAUCCAGCUUCUCUCCUCGCGCGCCUCUACAAAGCUCGUUAUCAUCCCUCGGCUGAUUUUCUCAACGCGUCAGCAGGCUCCCGUCCGUCGUGGGCUUGGCAGGGCGUAUUGGAAGGGCGGGCACUCCUUAAGCGUGGUUUGAGGUGGCAGAUAGGGUGUGGGACGGCUGUUCGCAUCCUUGAUGAUCCAUGGUUACCUUCUUCCCCUCCUUCUUCGCCUAUGCUGCUGCCCGGGGUUAUUCUGCAGAAUCAGUUCGUUGCUUCGCUCAUUCAUCCUCUCACCCGGACCUGGAACAGCGAACUUAUCCGCGCUUCAUUCGAGGCAGAGAGUGUACAGUGGAUUCUCUCUAUUCCAUUGCCAUCUGCACCGCGACCAGACAAGCUUAUAUGGCAUUUCUCGGCGACGGGUCAGUACACUGUCAAGACCGGGUAUCACCUACUCUCAUCUGGCCGACACCUUGAGUUUGAUCCCUUACCUCCUUUCCUUAAUCAACAAUUCUGGAAAUUCUUGUGGAACCUGCCUAUUCCCCCCAAACUUAAAGUCUUCUUGUGGCGAGUAGUUCGUGGAUUCCUUCCAAUGCGCCAAAUACUGAAAGGGAAGUCUUUAUGUGACACUGACACUUGUCUCGUUUGCUCAGCUGCCGUGGAAUCGAUCUCUCACUGCUUCUUUGAUUGCAGGAUCGCGCGAGGGCUAUGGACACUAGCAGGGAAGGAGCAUAUCCGGGCUGCCAUGGCUGUUGUUAAUUACGAUUUGGCCUGGUCCAAUCUAUUUUUCUCUAUGCAGCUUUCCAAAAUGGACAUAGCAGAGGUGGUCUUCCUGGUUUGGAGAUUAUGGAAGGGGAGAUGCUGGUCUACAUACGACUACAUUCAGUAUCUACCAGGUCCAUUGCACCGCCAAUUCACUAAUCAAGUUACCGAGUGGAAAGAGGCUACAAUUGAUCAGCAUGGCCAGGCCGCUUCGGUACGAGUUCCUCGCAGCCUUCCUCCCCAACCUUCCUGCCCGCCAGGCGGUAUCCUCAUGAGGUUUGAUGGAGCGACAAAGAAGGGAGUCGGGGGCAGCGUCGGAUUUGUGGGUUUCAAUGGGGACCGCGCAGUGAUAUGCGCCUACGGUAAGUACUACGAAGGUAUCUCCGAUCCAUUCUUACUUGAAUUACUAGCCUUAAGGGAUGCAAUGGUUUGGAGUUUACACCGUGGCUACUCAUCUGUUUGCUUUUGUGGGGAUUCACAAUUGGUCAUACGACGAGCAAUGGAGGACGACGUCUGCCAUGAUAGAGGUGGAGCGGUACUGGAAGAAGUGCGAGUCAUGAAGACCUCUUUUGCAGUUGUUUGUUUUGUUUUUGCUCCUCGUAGUACUAACAGGGCUGCCCAUCGCGUGGCACAAACGGCCCUUGCAUCGGUAGCAACCCAGUUGGUUGACUACCGCAUUUAUAUUUCCAAUGCAUUGUAAAGAACUAUCUAUUACAAACUAUCUAUGACAAAAAAAAAUGUUGAUUAUGGUUUCCCCCACUACACCACUGUAUACAGCUACAGUUAUAUACAUGUAUCGGUGGAGCCUUCCCAUUCUUAGGUGGCUUGGGAAAUAUUGUUCAACCAAAAGCUAAUCCAAAUUAUGUGGGAAAUCUUGAUAUGAUCAGACAUAUAGGAAGAAAGUUAAUAAACCUUGAUAUUGAAGGAUUGUUUAAGAAAAUAAUAAUAAUAAACUUAACCGCCUUUUUUUAUCGUGAAACCUAGUCAAAGUUUUAUUAAUCAGUGAAGGCGGUUAUAUAGUCAUGUUGUAACUGAUUAACCAAAUAGGUCGCGGUCUGCAAUUGCUUCGCGAGCGAUGUACCUCCAGCUUCCUUCUCCCGUCACACGUAGCAAGUUAACCGCCUUGGCUUGAAGAACGAAGGGGGGAAAAUGGGGUUAAGGUCACGCGUGCAGCAGCUCUUAUGUCGUAAUCAAUCAAGAUAAAACAAUUAAUAAGUGUGUAGUUACAGAAUCGCAAAUUUAGAAACUACGCAAAAGGUCGGUCGUCAAUUUGCUUAUGCAACGCAAUUACAUUAUUUGAUCAGUUGACAAUGUACAAAAUGAAUGUAAAACCAAACCACAUCGGUCGGUGGGUCAAAAUUAGAAAGAGCUGUGGUUUUUGGUUAUCGGUGGGACAAAAAAUACAAACGAUGGGGGAGAAUUGAAAAUUAGAUUGAAUGGGGCAAAAGUGUGGUCUGGAUAACGUCACAUAUAUCCAAUCUAUCCACAGUCAUCCUCAAUCGGAUUGCUCUCCCAUCAUCCUCGCCAUUUGGCACCUUUUUUUCCGAGUAAUUUAUCGAAACGAUUAUAUAAGUUUGAGCGAAUAAUAACAUGAAUUUCUU